CGCUAAUCGAGAUGAUAAGCCGUCAAAUAUUUUCGAAAUAAUUUUUUUUUAAGAUUAUUUAUCUGAUCGACUUUUAGCUAGUCGUAAGCGUAAAAUCCUUAUAAAUAUUAUCUAUUAUUACAAUUAGUUUUAUAACCUUGAAAUCUCGAAUACCUUCUUGAUUGAUUUAAGCUAUGUUUGUGUACAAAUCCGGUUUAUUAAGUCAGAGAGUUUCUAACAAUACGCUUACGUGACGGUUUUUUUCUAGUUCGUUUUACUAUUACAAAAAUAAAAUCAUGACGACUUUUGCGGGAAGGGCUUUGCAUUAUGUUUUCAAAGUGCCCGACAGAAAAACUACCAUGGAUUUCUACAGAAAAGUCUUGGGGAUGAAAGUCCUCAGACAUGAAGAGUUCAAAGAGGGCUGCGAGGCACAGUGCAACGGCGCUUACGAUGGCCGCUGGAGUAAAACUAUGGUGGGGUACGGCCCGGAAGAUAACCACUUCGUCGUGGAACUAACUUACAAUUACGGGGUCAAGUCGUACGACCGGGGCAACGAUUUCCUCGGAAUAACGAUCCAAAGCGCGGAAGCUUUACAAAGGGCAAAAGCGGAAGCCUGGCCCAUUUUGGAAGGGAAUGUUUUGGAAGCGCCCGGUGGUUACAAGUUUCACGUUGUCAACCAGCCUCAACCGACUAAUAGAGAUCCAGUUUUAAAAGUUACGUUAGCCUCGUCCAGCCUGACGAAAUCGCUAAAUUACUGGAACGGUAUCCUCGGAUUAACGAUAUUUGAUAAAACGGACAAGACAGCAGUAGUGGGGUUUAAAGAGAACGAGGCUAAACUUGAAUUAAAGGAAAUUACCGAACCAGUGGAUAGGAGACAGGCCUACGGCCGCAUAGCAUUCUCCAUUCCGCACAGCGAACAGGAGAACCUUGCCAAACUUAUCGAGGAAAGAAAGCAAACGGUUCUUACGCCCCUCAUUACUCUACCCACUCCGGGCAAAGCGGACGUCCGGGUGAUCAUCCUGGCUGAUCCCGACGGUCACGAAAUCUGUUUCGUCGAUGACGAACCUUUCAGGGAACUGUCCCAGCCCGACUACGAAAGCGAACGCGUUUUAGAUAUGCAAAUCAAGAAAGAUAGGUCGUAAUUUUAACAUUGGCAUAGACAUAUAGACUAGACCAAUCACCACACGCAAGAAAACUUCAAAUUAAAAAAUAAAAUUGUUAUAAUUUAUUUAAAUUAAUUUAAUAAAUUAACAUAAUAAAAGUUACUUAAAAA